AUGCCCAUCAAGUCGGAUUUCCCGGACGUCGAACUCUCCGUCACAGAUAUCUGGUCCUUCCUCUUCAACAGGAAGGACAGAGAAUUCCCGGACGACCAUGUCAUCUUCCAAUCUGCCGAGACGCUCAGCCGGCAAUACACAUUCGCGCAAUUGCGGCAACUGUCCGUCGACUUUGCCAAGGGCCUCAAAACGGUGUACGAGUUUCGCAAAGGCGAUGUCCUAGGAUUAUUUGUCCCCAACGACAUCGAUGUCCCACCCGUCGUCCUCGGCACGCUAUGGGCCGGGGCAGUCGUCUCGCCCGCCAACCCAGGCUACACGGUCCCGGAACUGGUGUACCAGCUGAAAGACUCGGGCGCGAAGGCCCUAUGCACGCAUGUGUCCGUCCUGGAUACGGCGUGUAAAGCAGCGCGCGAAGCAGGCAUACCGGAAUCGCAUAUCUUCCUACUCGGCGCGAAGCAAGAGGACGGUACCACACGAAUCAAACACUGGACCUCGAUCCGCAACCAGGACGGGCUGCAGCGGUUCCGCCUCCCCAAGUUCCACCCUAAAACGGACCUCGCGUUUUUGGUCUACUCGUCCGGCACGACGGGGCGGCCCAAGGGCGUGCGCCUCACGCACUUCAACAUGACGAGCAACAUUGAGCAGAUUCACAGCGCCGAGGGCUGGCUGACGUGGAACGGCACCAGCACGCCACCCAACAGCGACAUACCUCUACCGGCACACGGCCAGGGGGACAAGAUCCUCGCGUGUCUGCCCUUCUUCCACAUCUACGGGUUGAACUGCCUCGUCCUCUCCCCGAUCUACUCGGGCGUGCACACGAUGGUGAUGGCGCGCUUCGACCUCGAGCGGUGGUGCUCCAUCGUGCAGGACCACAAAAUCACAUUCAGCUACAUCGUGCCGCCGAUCGUGCUGCUGUUGUGCAAACAUCCCGUGGUCGAGAAAUACGACCUCUCAUCCUUGCGGAUGACCAACUCGGGCGCCGCGCCCCUGACCCGCGAACUCGUCGAGGGCCUGUACGCGCGCAAGGGCGUCAAGGUCAAGCAGGGCUACGGCUUGUCCGAGACGGCGCCCACCAUCUUCAUGCAGAAGUGGGAGGAGUGGCGCUCCGCCAUUGGCACCACCGGCGUGAUGGUGCCGAAUCUGGAAGCCAAAUUCUGUGCCGUUCCGGGGUCAGGCGAAGAAAGUGACGGUGGCAAGGAACUGGCCCGGGGCGAGAUCGGCGAGCUGUACGUCCGAGGCCCGAACGUGUUUGGCGGAUACCACAACAACCCCAGCGCCACGGCCGAAUGCCUCGAAGACGGCUGGUUCCGGACCGGCGACGUCGGGUUUCUGGACGAGCGCGGCAACUUGACCAUCACGGACCGGGUCAAGGAGUUGAUCAAAUACAAAGGCUUUCAAGUCCCUCCAGCCGAACUAGAAGGCUACCUAGCCUCGCACCCCCUGAUCGACGACGUCGCCGUCGUAGGCGUCGAAAGCGAAGCCCUCGGCACCGAAGCCCCCCGCGCGUACAUCGUGCGCAAGGGCGGUCUGUCGGCUGUGAAACCGACCGACGCCGCGGAGAUCAUCGGCUGGAUGAACGCAAAGGUCGCGAACCACAAGAAGUUGCGCGGCGGGGUCAAGUUCGUCGACGCCGUGCCGAAGAGCGUGAGCGGCAAGAUUUUGAGGCGUGUGCUCAAGGAGCGGGCGAAGACGGAGUUUCGAAAGGAGGAAGAGCAAGAGGCCAGUCAGGGAACGGUGAAGGCGAAGUUGUAG